GAGAGAGAGAGAGAGGAAAGAGGAUCACCCAAGUGCGGUCGUUAUUUCAGCUCGCGGCAUGAGAAGCUCCUAAACCACUUCUCGUGAUCUCUGUCUCGAUGGAACUCUCCUUCUCCUGCCGUUCCAGUUGGACGUUCUCCUGAUGAGCGUCUGACCCCUGGGAACGUUGAUCUUCGACCCCCAGCUCUGGUCUGCAGACAGUUCUACCCUCAUGGACCCUGACCCCACACCACCCCCUGCGGCUCCUGGCCCCCUCCUGGGGGUGGGAUCUGCCCCUCAGGGGGUAAUAGAACCUGAGGACUUCCUGCGCUCCAGGCCCCAGCUAAACCCAAGCCCACGCCCCUGCCCAGCUCACGAGUCCGAGCACGUCCAGACGGCCUGCCCUGUCCUCGACACAGACAGCAUCCAGACAUCAGGAACUGCAAACGACUCGGAGAGUCUCCGAACGGCUCACAGCAUGAUCGACUCGGAGAGUCUCCAAACGGCUCACAGCAUGAACGACUCGGAGAAUCAGAGAGCGGUCCAUAGCCUCACUGACACAGAUAGUUUCCAGGUGGCUCAUGCCCUGACCGACGCUGACAGUCUCCAUCACGUCCACCGACCCUAUGACACUGAGAGCAACCUGACCAAUCAGCUCACUUACGACAGCGCCAGCAACCAGACCAUCAACCCCUCCUCAGACACCGACAGCAACCAGACCAUACACCCACCCUAUCCCCCGCCCUAUCCUCCGCACACACACACACACCUCCCUGACAGGCGGCUCGUGGACGAUUGCGUUGCGGGGGGGGCGCAGGGCGACGCCCCUACCACCAUCCACGCUCCAGACCUCCCACACGCCUCCGAAGACCCGCCACCCUACAGCCCCCCCGACCCAAAGCUGACGUACCUCAUCUACCCCCCGCCCCACUACUCCGGCCAGGCCGUGAUGGCCUGCCAGCCCACCCCGAACUCCCCCGGCUUCUUCCAGCCCCAGUUCAUGCCUUCGGCCAGCUACCCGCCCUACGCCAUCUACAUGAAUGGGUCAUCCCUGGGGGAGGACCAGCCCCCCCUCCCUAAAGACUACCUGGUGGAGUCGCUGCUGGUCACCAUCUUCUGCUGCCUGAUGAGCGGACUGGUCGCCCUCAUGUACUCCUACGAGACACGGGCAGCCCUGGCGCGCGGUGACAUCAGAGGCGGUGAGCGGGCGUCUCAGAAGGCUCGUUUGCUGGUGAUGUUCAGCCUCAUGUUUGGUGUGUUUGUGUGCGUGGGCUGGAUCAUAUAUGCGGUCAUUGCUCUCUGUGUGUAGGAGAUAUCCACUAUUUAUUUGUUUUGUUAUUUACGCCAUAUAUUGCUGGGUAAGACAGCCUACAACAGUCUUGGAAUCUUGAAGACUUGGUUGAAUAAUUUCAAACAUUACCACUGCAAAAAAAUGGAAUAACGCACUCAACACCUUAGACUGGGGUAAUGGAUUUAAAGUUUUUAAAUCAAGAACAGCACUCAACAGUACUUUCCAAAUGUUUUAAACAGCUCACGGAUGUUUCGGGCCAGACGCCCUUCUUCAGAGUGUAUUGGCUAUUCUAUUGCUGACCAGCGUAUAAUGAAUAAGCUAAUGUGUGUAAAGAUUGCCUUCGGUGCUUAACUAGCACCACUGCCUUAAAAUAUAACUUAUGUAAGACAUAAACUAUUACCAUUGCCUUAAUAUAUAACUUAUGUAAGACCUAAACCUCACGACACCGACGUGUUCAAGGUGCUUUCUAGGCAGAAAUGUGCAUGUGUGUUCAUUUGGGAACAUGUCUGUUAAACAAUUAUGUAAAUAAUAUUACUACAUAGUAAGCACUUUCAAAAUCAGAAAAUGUGUAAAAACAUAAACUUGCUCUUCAGUGGUUGACAUAUAUUGUAUAAUAUGAUGGUUUGCGUUCUGCAGAUAAAAAAAACACAUGUAAAUCAUAAUAUGUAUCAAUAAAGCUUAUUUUAUUACAUUCCA